AAAACACAUUUGUGAAUACGACUCGGGGCAUUUAUAAACGCGCUCCUCAGAUUCACAUCGAUUCAGUUUUUUUUUCAAUUCUCCCUCGAACGAUCGACUAAUUUUUAACGAUUGCAACUUGUGAUUUGUGUCCGUCGGACCUGCGUGUGAUUUAUUUAUUUAAAAAUCCAAAGUGCUGCUGCUGCUGCAGAUCGACGGUAUUAGAUCGAGAUUAAUUAUAUAUUUUUAAUAUACCGAGAUUCAAUUGAACUGAUGUAUUACUCAGAGGAGGAAACGAGAGAAACCUUCAGGAGUCCAGGAAUAUAAGAGUAAUACUGGAGGUGAAGGGAUGUAAAAUCAAUCACAACAGCGCGAAUUGGCAGGAAAAAGUGUGCGGAAGGCGUUAGAGGUGAAGACAUUCGUUAAAAAUGCGGAACGGCAAGAAUGUUGAUAACAUGAAUGACAAGCCGAUCAGUGGUUACGUAAAUCAGGGAAUGCAAAAUUCACAUGAAAAUCUUGAUCCUCAUAACUCAAAUACAACACACGUGGUGAGAAAUUCCAACGAUGAACGACAUUCAGAGAUACAGGGCUCCUUCAAUUUUAUCUUGGUCGAGGAACCAGGUGAUGACGAGGUCAAACACAAAGACAGUGUCUUCAAAUCAGCCUUCCAGUACGCUGGCCAGCGUAUCAGAUCCGUCUGCACGAGGAAGAUGCUCUACAAGAGGCUACCAGUCCUGAAGUGGUUGCCGAAGUACAAUGGAGCCGAUGCAGUCGGUGAUAUUGUUGCUGGAAUAACAGUUGGGCUCACUGUGAUACCCCAAUCGUUGGCCUAUUCCCACGUCGCGGGAUUACCACCCCAAUACGGCCUGUACGGCAGCUUCCUGGGCUGCUUCAUCUACAUUAUCUUCGGCUCCUGCAAGGACAUACCCUUCGGUCCCACCGCCAUAGUCUCCCUGCUGACGUAUCAGGCAGUCGCACAACUCGAAGAAAAAGUUCUUCACGCUAUACUUCUCUGCUUUGUGUGCGGAGUCGUCCAACUAUUCAUGGGCAUAUUUGGCCUGGGAUUCCUCAUCGACUUUGUGUCUGGACCAGUCAGCUCGGGAUUUACCUCGGCUGUCGCAUUCAUCAUCGUCAGCACGCAGAUUAAAGAUAUUCUCGGAAUUUCUGCCAAAGGAGCGACAUUUAUUCAACUGUGGAAGAGUGUCGUGGAGAAUAUUCAUGACACGGAAGUAUGGGAUUCGGUGCUCGGUAUUUGUUGCAUCGUACUUCUUCUAGUUCUGAGAGUGGUCGCAUCGGUGCAGUUUGGCCCAGCAGAGGAUGAAUUACGGACGCCUCGUCACAGGAUAUUAACUAAAAUAACGUGGCUGACUGGUACCUCCCGAAAUGCCAUUCUGGUAAUUGGAUGUGGACUCUUGGGCUACUGGUUCUCACCAGAUCCACCGUUUAAAUUAAUUCGUGAGUGCCAAUUCGAUAAUGAUAAUUUAAUGAGAACAUUUAAAAUUCAAUUUGACGAAUGUGCGGGCUUUAUCCCAGGUAAUUUACCCAGUGGAAUGCCAAAUGUUCAAUUACCACCAUUCAGCUACACCAGGGAAGACAAUACAACUGUGUCAUUCUUCGACAUGUGCUCAAAUCUGGGCAGCGGAUUAUUCGUUCUCCCACUGAUUGCCCUAAUGGAGGACGUGGCCAUUUGCAAGGCUUUCGGUAAUGGACGACCUGUCGACGCAACUCAGGAAUUGAUAGCCAUUGGCAUGGCAAACAUCGGUAGCUCAUUUGUUCAGGCAUUCCCAGGUAGUGGGUCAUUGAGUAGAAGUGCUGUUAAUAAUGCCUCCGGCGUUAGAACACCGCUCGGUGGACUUUACACAGGCAUCCUGGUUAUUCUAGCACUUCUGUUUUUUACUCCAUAUUUUUACUACAUACCGAAGGCAUGCUUAGCAGCAAUAAUAAUAGCCGCUGUUAUCUUUAUGGUUGAGGUGAAGGUGAUAAAGCCCAUGUGGAGGACAAAAAAAACGGACUUGGUGCCAGGGAUUGCUACAUUUGUUGCAUGCCUAGUGCUCCAAUUAGAGAUAGGAAUCCUCGUUGGAAUUGGUCUCAAUGUUUUAUUCAUUCUGUAUCACGCGGCGAGACCGAAGAUCUGUUUAGAAAAAUUACGAACCGGUUGCGGUGUGGAGUACCUGAUGUUAACCCCUGAUCGUUGUCUGAUAUUUCCCUCGGUGGAUUACGUGAGAAAUUUAGUGACAAAAUACAGUCGUUGUAUCGGUAAUUCAGUGACACCAGUGGUUAUUGAUUGUUCGCAUGUCUACGGUGCUGAUUAUACAGCAGCAACUGUCAUAGAAACAUUGACAACGGACUUUGCUGCACGGGGACAGCCACUAUUUUUCUAUAACUUGAAGCCCUCUGUUUACGCCGUUUUUGAGGGCCUAGAGCCGUCCCACUUAAUUGUUUAUUAUACACAAGAGGCUCUGGACGAUCUCCUGAAGGACCGGGGAUACCUCAGUCAGACGAAACAUGGCGCAUGAAUUAUGGAAAAUGUGGUGGACGAGAAAUUUUGUAAAUAGUAUUCAUCAUUACGAUAGUAUUGGUCAGAGUUGUGAACAAAGUACGAAUAAUUAUAGGUUUAUUUUAUAAGAGAUUGGAUGUCAAAUUGUUCCAUGAGAUGAUGCAGAAUAGGGUAGACAGACCAAUAGGCGGGUGAGGACAAUCUGAGGUUCUCCAGGUGAUUGAAAAAUGGUAAAUCUUUUGAAUAUGAGAAAUAUUUGAAGGGGAAACAAUGAAGAAGUUAAUUGUUAAAUGACGAAGAAGACAAGGCAAGGCCAUGUUUAAUGGUUAUUCAAACAAAUUCAUCCUGGUGCAUAUUGAAAAAUGAACAAUCAUUCUUUUCGAUUAUAGUCAUCGAACAGACAGUGUUUAUUUGUCCUGGUGAAUGUUUUUUUUUCACAUUCUUCCGUCGACACUGGAAAACUCAUAAAUAAAAAUUAGCAAAUCAUCGUAUGAUUAAACUCAUAAUUUUUGCAAUCAAAAAUGAAAAUACUGGAAGUACUAGAAAAAGGUCAGUGUCUACUGAUUGGUCUGGUUACCCUACUGCCUCAUGGAAAAAUUCGAUAAACUAUUUAAUUUGUCUAAAUUCUAUCGACAUACUAAUCGUGGAGAGGAAAAUUGAAACUCAUUGGAAUUUUAAUGAAUAGUAUUUAAUUAAGUAAUGACAGGAUUGUCAUUAUCGCAUGCAGUAUUUAUUUGAAAAUAUCAGUAUCGUUUGUAGGGGACGUUGUCGCAGAAUAUUAACGCCUUCCUUCGUGUCCUUGUAAUGCCAUAUCCAUUUCCAAUAACGUUACGAUCAUUCGUGUGAAAUUCAUGAAAUUCUCACUAACACAUAGCACAGCACAAUUUUUGUUAACUGUCUUCGUCUUACGUCUUACGUUUCCGUCAUUCAACGUCCCAUCAACAUUCCCAUUUGCGGGAACAAAUAAUUAAUCCCAUUAAUCGAUUAUCUAUUGCGUAAAUUAUUGUGGACUCGAAUUUUCUUCCCCAAUGUUUUUCCCCAGAAUCGGAUAUUAAUCAACUUCAUUUGAACUCCCUCAGUUAAUAAUAUUUGCAUUUGUUAAAAACUAGUAUUCAAUGCUAUUUCUUUUUGAGUAAAUAAAAUUAAUAAAGGGAUGUGGAAGAAAAAUAAAGGGGGAAUUAAUGUCGGAGAAGAAAAGACCUGUAUUUACUGAUAAUUAGAAAACGUUGACAAUUGAUCUGUGGAAUCCGCUGGGUCUGAUAAAUCAGAUAAAAUGCCUCGAGUGAAAUUAACACAUGGAUUCUUCUGAAUAAGAAAUACAUAGAUACAUUCCGUACCCGAAAAUACUGUGAUAAUUUUGUAAAAAAAAUAGAAACAAUGGAUAAUAGUUAGUAGAACGCUAAGAGAUAAUGUCGUUUGUUCUGUUGACAGAAAUAUAUAUAUUUCCAAAAACUACAUCUUGUUUGAUGUGUACUGACACUUAUUACUACAAUAGUUUAUGUAAAUAAAUGCAUCAGUCUAUGUGACAUAGCUAGGCUCGACUGGAGUUAACAAACCCGACGAUACCAAAUACUUAUCCGCAUUGUGUUGCUAUUUACAAUUUCAUCUUCUCUGUGGUAUUUACAAUAAUUUUGUACAUGUAGUCAUUGAGCAAAAGCGUGCAAGUUUCAUCUCGUCUCAUUGAUUAAUUUUCAUUAGAUUUUCUGAUAUGAUAUUUAAGUUCUUUUCGAGACGAAUCAGAGAUUGUUGAACGGAAUCGAUAGUACUAGAUUGCAAACACGUGAAAUACCUAUGAAAAACUUAGCUUGUAAUUUUUUUUUUCAUAAAGGGGAUAAGGGAAAAACUGCUCUCUCGUUGGAUAGUCUAGGAUAUGUUUAGAAAGUAAUAAUUCUACGGGAAAUUGGAUCAAUUGGAUCGUCGAUUAAGUCCACUCGAAAUUUAUGCCAGUGAGCUGAUAGAAUCGUUGAUUGAAGGGUCGGUAGAAGUCUCGCAGUCGUUCGAUUGCUGUUUGCUGGAUGUGGGGAUGACUUCGACCUUUGGUUUUUCCU